CUAGAUCUCGGUCUUUAUAUUGUACUAUAGAUCGGUGUUGGGGGGUUUUACAUGCUGUGAAGAUGAUGUCUCAGACAGAACUUUUGGCUUGGUCGGAGUCGGACACGAAAUUUUUUGCCGACAAUCUGUUGGGAGUUGAAGAUUGGGGUGAGUUUGUUGCACGAGUCUGUUAGGAUUUUUGAAAGCUUGUAAUGUCGGGCACCAUAUAUGCUUCGCUUUUCGUAUUUGAACGGGGUGAUGAUUCGUAUCUUCUAGGAGACUCUAUCACAGACGUAAAAUUUGACCCAGACGAGUUAUUUGGUGGGGGAGAAGAUAACGAUAUGGAACUGGAGGUAAGGGAAUAAAUACUACGAAAAUUCUCGCUCGUCUAUCUCUGUCGCUAACCAUUGCAGUUGCGUGAGUCACUCGUGCAUGAAUCGGCUUGAGCUGAAAUCCGCGUUUUGUUUGCUUCUUUUACUUUCGAGCUCUUCCAAAGCUUCUCUUUACGUCAUGAAGAUGAAUUUUGUUUAAUUUAGCUGCUUUUUAUUCAGAGAUCUCGCGAAAAGCUGUUUGUUGUGAGGUCUCUGAAACUCGAGAUCGCGUCGCAUCAUACAACUUCCGCAAGACCUACAAAAGGAAGUCUCACGGCACAAACUCAGUAUCUUUCAAUUUGUUUAUCGGUAGCGAUGCAAAUAUUAAAACGAUAUCGUUCUUUUUAUAGCUUAAGAAGGCUUUGCAACAUUUGUCAAGAAGAUUCAAAACCAUUUCAAUGUUUCUUUGAACAUAUGAAACCAGCUGUUAAAAACUCUUCGUGAAUUGGGAAUGUAACUAUGACGGUUUUAUUUUUAGCUACUUUUCAUGAAAGAUAUUUUGGUUUCUUUCCACAACGUUUUUUUUUAUUAUUAACCACUGCUUCAUGGUAUUAUCUGACAUCAAAAUGCCAUGUGUUUGAUCACAGAUUCAAAGACAAAGCUCAUUGUCGAAUUUUGCUGUUCAAGCACAACUCCUGGACGACAGUCAACUUCCUGAACUAUUUUAAUUGAGCCUAAUCUCGGUUGAGUUUUUUGAGCCUAAUAAACCGAAAGAAAUACGUGUGAAUUUCUUCACUAGUAAAACUUGUGUAAAAAUUUUGGUUAGAUAUAUUUUGUAGCGUUAGAUUAAUGGGUGGGUGCGAUAUUUCGUAAAAUUUUAAUGAGACAUGUUCUGUUGUUUAUUUCUUUGCAGGGCAAAGGAGAUCACCUCAGUGAAUUUUUAUCAAGUUUAGGCGACUCUUCUACCUCUUCGAUUAUUGAAGAUUUCGAUUUUCCUUCAGGUGAGUAUUGAGUCCUUCUCUCUCGAUUAAUUCUCUGUUCUUUGUAGUAGGAUUUUUUCGUUUUAUUUGUCCAGCUCUGUGGCUAUUAUUGUUACGCUUAAACAGCCGCUGUUAAUGGUCAUAUUUGUCAUCCAACAGGUGUUUGCAUCAAAGAAGAACCUCUCUCUCCUUCCUCCUCAAACUCUUCUUGUGUUUCUCUUCCAAGUUCACCAGAAAACCAGGUAUUUUGAAAACAGUAGUCUGCUAUGUAUAAAAAAAUCAGAUAAACGUAGUUUGUACAAUUCUUUCUGUUACUCAGUGGACGAACUUGUAAGUAUUCACGUAUACCUAAGAGCAAUAAGGUGUAUUUAUUGUUGCUGAUUGUUAAUGAUAAUGUCCUCUGGUUGAUACAAAUUUACAAGUAAAGUGUCUCAAAAGAAGAAAGCAUUAAACCUACUGAAAUUGUUAUUUGACUGAUUUGAUUCAACCGGCUUUAAAUAGUUAUUUCUGUGCGAAAGUCAAAUUGAAGUAAACCAUUUAAUGAAGAAGAUUUUUGUUCUGUCUUCCUCUGCCACUGCAUCGGCAUAGAGGCUGUUUUUACACUGUAGUGCUUUGCAACUAAUUGUUCUUCAAAGUUCUUUUUUUGAAAAAAAGUAAAGAUAGGAGUUACUUUAAAUUCACGCAGAGUCUAACAGCUGUGACUUUUAAAAGAAGGAGAAAUUUAUACAUACUUGCAAUACAAAUAUAUAUCUAUUGAAAUGGUUCAUGUAGUUGUAUUAAUGUAACUUCUAUCAUACCAAUUUUUUUUAUGAGAAGCUUAAAAAUACAUUUUGAUCGGCUCUUUCUUAUGAUCUAUUGGUGGACAGACGUAUAGGUGACACCACCAUUAACAACAGUUUGCUUUUUAAUCAUAUAAAACAUAUUUUAUCAUAAAAUAAAUAAACUCCCUUUUGCCGUGGGCCUGUAAAGUAAUAGACCACACAAGAUAUCAAAAUGUGAUAAGAACAUCAGUGACACAUCCAGCUGCACCUUGUUUUCCCCAUUUUUUUCCAUACCAAAUUUCAGUUUCCCCUUUUUUUCAUUUCAAAUUUCAUGGCAACAUGUAACUUUGUGUUUAAAAACAGGAGACAUAGUGUAUUCUAGUAUCUGAGCUUACAAAUCAGGAAUGAUCUAUUUACAAGCUAAUUUUGUGGUUCAUAACUGACAAAAAUUCUCUCUGCAUUUGUUGUUAUUUCAGUUUUUGAUUAAUGGAGAUGGUUCACCAGUUCAUCAGCCAAAUGCAGAUUUUGAAUUAUCGCAGACAAGCCUACUUCCUGCAAGUCCUUCUACCAUUAAGACAGAAGCAACUCUCGCACCACUUGCAUGCAAUGUCAAACAGGAGAAAAUACCUAUGCAGUCAUGUGGCAUCAAAUCCAUUCAACCUAUGCCGGUGGUUACAGCUGUACCUGUCAGUAUCCAGAAGGCACAGAUUGGACAACAUGCUUCGACAAAACCUGCUGGAGGUACAUAUAAAAUUUAUAUAAUUAUAUGUAGCAACAAACUUGAUUUUCUAAAAGCAUUUUUACUCAAGUGACAGAACUGUCAUGAAGAACCAAUAACAGGCCAACUUUCACCUUUUUUUAUCAGGUUUAGAUGUGUUAAAAAUUUGCUUAACCCUUUAAAUCCCAAGAUCUGAUUGUCAAUUCUUCCCUCCAGCUACUACACAUUUCCUUGUAAAUUAGUGAUGAGAAUUUGGUGUUAGAUCAAGAUAACAACUUCUACCUGAUAAGUUUGAAGAUUCUCAUUAAAUGUUUGCUGGAUUAUGUAAGGAUAUUAUAGGGAGAAGUUUCAUGUUGAUCAUUUUUGGGAGUUAAUGGGUGAAAGGUGUGUGCACACUUUGUGGAAUGUGUGGGAGUCUGGUGAAUAGUUUCUUGCUCCAAUCUUGCAUGCAGUCUGACCAAACAACAUGGCAUCGUGAUAACUUGGCCAUCUGCAUGUACUUUUUCUUAUUUAUCUAUUUCUAAUUUACAAUCGAAAGCCUUGAUUCCAUGAAUGUUGUCAUUUUCUCAGUACUUUGACUUAAGUGAUGUAACCUUUAUUUUCCCAAGGUAUUCCUGUAUAUAUUCCUUGUACUGGUUCACUACCAAGCAAUGGUGUUGUGUCAGUUGUAGUUGGGGUAAGUACAAUUUGUCUUCAUCACAAAUUUUGUUGAUUUUGUGAUUAUAUUAUGUAAUUUCUUUUCAAUUUCUGGGGUAAAUCAACUGUUAAAACAACUGCUUUUUCAGAAGUUCAAGUUUAUGUGCAAGUAACCUAUACAUAUAUGACUGUAAACAUGUGUGUUCAAUGUUUGUCUUUUUUUUAACUCAUCUUCAGAAGAAUGUUAAUUCUACAUUACCCAAAGCAGUAAAUGUUGGCAUCACAAGGUCGAAUACUACCUCCCCAGAAACUGAUGUAAGUACCUUUUCUUUCAACUUUGACACAGCAUAGCCUGUGUUAUAUAUUAGUUUGCUCAUAAUAUGAUGUUGUUAUAUGACGUAUAUUGUCCUUUGCAUGCUUUUAUCAUUUUAUCACAUACCUGAUAUCAUUCAAUGCUGUGCAAGGUUUUAAAUCCAAUGCAUUUUUCUUUUGUAGGCAAAACUUUUGAAAAGACAACAGAGAAUGAUAAAAAAUAGAGAAUCUGCAUGCUUAUCCAGAAAGAAGAAGAAAGAGGUGAGAAGACUCAGAACUUCACUUAGAUAUCUGAUUAAGUGAUGGGCAUUGAAUUAAAGAUUUCUUUCUUUUUACUCUGACUGUUAAACUGAACCUGUGAGUCACUGAACAGCUGAACAAGGCAAAAUUAUUUUAUUAAUGACCUGACAUUUGCCAUAUAUUAUUAUAUCCAUUGUGCCUAUGUCCUCUGUAGAUGUCAAGAAAGACAUUUUCCAAAGAAAGGAGAAAGAUUGGUGAUGAAUAGCAAAGCCCAUAUUUGUUGUGUUGUACUUGGCAGGGAUAUGAAAAAACUAUUGUACAUGUUAUGGUCAAAUUUUAUCCUUGGUUCAAAUUUUGUUUUCUUUCGUUUUUGGGUAUUGUGAUGUAUGAUAAUGAGUUUGAAACAAUUUAAAAUAAAAUUUGAACCAAGGAUAAAAUUGAACUACAACAUAUACACUUGAACUCUGUUGCUCUCUUCUGACAUGUUCAUGGUGUUCUCUCAAUAGUACCUACAAAGCCUUGAAACUAAAGUAAAGGAGAUCUCCAACAUAAAUGAAUCAUUACGAAUGCAAAAUGAAGGCUUAAAAAGAAGGGUCAAUGAACUGGAAGUAGAGGUAAGUAGAAAGUUUUCAAACACUUCACUGCCUGGUGGUUAGUAUUUCUUCCCUACAUGCACAUCACAUCUGGAAUAUGCAUCAUAAACUUGUACACAAUUGAACAACUAUGGUAUAUAUAUACUAGUCAUGUUAAUAAAUGUUCAUUUAUACAGUCAUGUGAAAGACAGAGCAAUAUUUCUUAUGGCUACACAGUAGUAUCUAUAGGUGACACUAUACAUUUGCAUCAAAGAAAUAUUUGAAUGUGUUUUUCAUAAAUUUUAUGAUAAAGUUUGGAUAUAGCACAUGCUGUCAUUGGUUGAAAGAGCAUACUCCACGAGAGUAUAGACCAUAGAGCUAAGCUAAAGCUGUUAUACCAUCUGCUAAAUUGUACUACAUCUCGUGUUUCUUCCCAGACUUCUUUUGUGCUCUAGCCCCUUCCUGCAUGCUUUACAACAGAACAAAGCACAGUCAAGGCUUCUGGAUCAGUUAAAUAUUGUUUCCAUUUAUGUUUCUUGAACAGAAUGCACUGUUGCGUAGCAAACACCCAGAGUUGACCAGCACCAUUAAGAAAUCCACUUGUGUUUUGGCUGUUGUUCUGUUUGUGGCUCUAAAUUUUGGUCCCUUCAGGUAAGUGCUUACUGUCAAUUACUUUUCUCUUUAUGUAUUACUAUGUGUUAUUGAUUACUUUUAAGCUAUUGACACCGGCAUGUUUAGCCAAUGACUUGUCCUUUAAUCUUGUGUGUUCCAGAGGUGAUAGAUAUGUGACUUCUCUCUACAAUAUCAAUACAUUUUUCAGCAUAUCAGUGGUGAGAAUUCACUCAAGGCCUUAGUAUUUUCUUGAUGGGACACCAGAUCAUCCCAAUGUAACCUAAAUCUUAAACCUACCAGACAAAAUUUGUCCUUACAAUAUAAAUACAAUAUUAAGCCGACAAGUGAUAAGAAUAAAGAAAAAGUUACAUUUUUAAAGGGAUUAUUUGUUGAUCCAAUACCAAAUUCUUAGAACUAACAUCAUAAGAAUUUUUAUGGCAGACAGCAAGGAGAAUAACUGAUGAGAACUUGGGAGUGAAAGGCUUAAACUUAACCUUUUAACUCCCUGAAGUGACUAACAUGUAACUUCUCCCUAUAGUUUGCACACUAUUUUUAGCAAAUGGUUAAUGUGAGUACUCAAACUUAUUAGGUUUAAAUUUUUUAUCCUCUGAUCUUUCACCAAAUUCUUGCAACUAAUUUACAAGGAAUUGUGAAGCAGCAAGAGGGGAGAAUUAACAAUCAGAUCUUGGGAGUUAAAGGGUUAAAUAAAUCCCUCUAUGCCAACUGAAAGAGCAAAUCUCCUGCAUAUCAAUUAGCAAGCACAGUCUAUAAAUUCCUCAUUUCCAAACUUUGUUAUAUGACACCGACAGCAACCUUAAGGAACAAUGGAAAUUUAACAAAGCAGAUCUGCUACCAGGUUCAGUUGUCCGUCAUGGAAGAGCUCUUCUCAAUUACCAAGGAGAUGGGGAUGGUAGUGACCUUGAUAAACCACUGGUGUUUAGCCCUGUCAAUAAACGUCGUGGAAGGCAACCAUUUGCCAAGGCUGACCCCAGCAUGCUCAACACAUCUCACAAAAAGUCUUCACUGCUAAAGAGUAGAAAUGCAGAGAGGAAGGAUUUGAUGGUGAUCAGGAACAAGUGGGACUUCCUCGCUGAUUCAAGGCAGAAGAGAAGGAAUUUGAAAAGGAAGGAAAGGAAUCCUAAGUCAAGGAGAAAGAUUGCUGAGAAGCAGCAUAAUGCAACAUUGGAUGAUGAUCAGUUUUACUGCCCAAGCAAUUUAAACAAGACUGAAGUGAACAGGUUAGUAAAUUUAACUCGGUUUAAUCAGCAAAUGUUACUUUCUGAUGACUGAAAAAUUCAGAUUGGCUUAGAGAAAGGAGUGUUGAAUGAGAGAGUAGAGCAUCAUUUGGACACAAAGUGCCUUCCUCCCUCUUUUAAUCUUGAUUCCUCUGCUUUCCUGAUGCAUUUUGCUCUCAUUUCAGACCAGAAUUAACCCUUUAAAGCCUAAGAGUGACCAGCAUCUAAUUUCUCCUUACAAUAUCACCAUUGAAUCACACAUUAAUGUCAUGAGAAUAAAGAAAAUGAUCACUAACUGAUGAAACUCUUGAUUGUUAGACAAAUUCUCCUUGUCAGCACCUUAGUAAAGGUACAGAGAACAGUAUGGAGAAUAUGAAUACUGAUGUUAGGGUGUAAAGGGUUAGACAGUUGUGAUGGAUUGUUCUGGUGUAUACAGGAAGUUUUCCCCCAGCCUGCAAUUGCCAAUUGACAUUACCUCAAUAUGUGCACAUGCUUGGCUGUGCAGCUUUGGGGAAAAAAAUCAGACAUUGGACAUGCUUUGACUAGCAACAUCUGAGAACUUGUUUUACUUGUUUCUUCACAAUACUUUUUUCUCCUCUUAGGAUAAAUGAGGCUCUUGAAGGCUGGGUAAAGAGAUAUGAAAAUCAGCAGAUCUUAAAACAGAAAAAACAAAAGCGUCAGCAGACCAAGGUGAGACCUUAACGUUGCAAAAGUCAAAAUGUGGACACCAGUUGAUUAGGCCACCAACUUUACAGGCUCCCAUAUUUUCUUGUCAAGUCUAUAUACAGUAUGUCUGUCUACUUUGAUUAAUACGUCACCCAGACCUGUGCUGUCAAUAAUGACCUGCUAUGGAGGAUGCUGAUAUCAUAUCGGUGUACUUUGUUUCAUUUUAGAUGCAAUCUGUCAUCAAAGAGCUUGCCUUGAGACUGGCAUCAAACUGCACAUCAGAGGCCAAGCGAAAAAUUAGCAGGUUGGUUUUCAAGUCUGCUCCUUAUAUUACCUCUAGUAGAUUUGAAGACAUUCUAUCCAUUGCAUUUAGAUACAUGUACGUGAGACUGGUGCUUGGUGAUGGAAUGUUAACUUAAUGGUUCUUUUCUGCUCUAGGCACAAGUUUUCACGGAAACACAAUACUGCUUCUACACAUGAAGUACAAUUAUUCCAAAGGGCCAAUAAGUAAGUCCAAGAACUUAAUUUGGUUCACUAUUCGAAGUAUGUAUCUUGUUUACUUGGUAGAGAGCUAACUAUGAAACAUUUUUGUCUAUUGCUUCAGAUUCAAAACUUUUGAGGAAGAAAUUAACAAGAAAUCAGACACUUUGUACAUAGUUUCUUUUCGAGGGGUGAGUGCAUUCAUCCUUUCACUGUACAGUGUAUUAUUGCAAUUAAGAAUUGUAUUCAUCAAAUUGUACGGUGUAUUACUGUAAUUACGAAUUGUAUUCGUUAGCUGUGUCUUUGGAUGAUUGUGUUUGCACCUGCAAGAGAUUCAUUUAUUGCAAUGUUUCUUUUUCUGUCAGGAUCAUUUGGUAUUCCCUGCCACCGAAUACAACGCAACACAAAGGCCUAAGAUGUCAUUCAUGAUUAUGGCACCACCCAACAGUAAGUUGGAGUCGUCUUCAUGUCAUAUUUGUAGAUGCACACCCUCCCCCUCCCCCUACCCCCUAACUCUGCCCUGCUCCCCUCCUAGAUUUCCUCUGGCCACAAGCAUCGUAAAUAACCCUAUUAUUUUCACAGAAAAGUCUGUAAGGCGUGGCAUACAGGAGGGAGUAGGAGGGGAUACCCUGGUGUACUUCAAGGCAGUCCCCUGCCACAUACCAAGAGUGGUGUCACUCUUUCCGAUUUUGAGCAGAUCUUAUAAGCCAUUUUAUAGUUGUGUACUUAGCUACCAAGCCUUUGAUUUUGAGUGAGGCUGAAGGUGAUCUUGUUGUGAUAGAGACUAGUAUCUACUUAGCAUGAUAACAUAGUAAUUUACAUUUGAAAAGCAGCAACAUUUGUAUCAUAACAAGGUCACCCUUGGCCUCACUCUUGUUCAAAGGUCUGGCAACUAAGUACGCACCUGUAAAAUGGACUAUUCAGUCUAAGUUGGAAGUGCAUUGCUCGCAGGUGACGAACCAACCAUUCCAGAUUGUAGUGGCCCUUUUCAAUUCUCAGUCGCACUCGAUGUAGUCUUUCGGUAGACUAUUAUCACCACUCUUGUUUCCUAAAAAAAGAAAGCAAUGCAAUUUAGAAAGUCACCUAUAUUUACGGAGAUAUUCAUUAACAUGUAAAGUGAGCACCUGAAUUUCUGACUAAAGUGUUUAAAGAUGGUCUGAAGUUUGCCUUUUCUUUGCUUUUAAUCCUAGGAACGGAGUGGCAGCAUAAUAACGCCAGGAAAACUGACUUAGUGACUAUGAUGCAAAUCGACUGCCAAGUUAUGGACACGAAAUUUAUCAACAUCAAGAAGUCAAGUAUUCCCAUGCCCCACCCCGAUAGUUCCUCUUUUGGCACCUCGACACCAGUCUCCGUCCCUCACGAUUUUAGCGCUCCGUCGGGUAAUACUUUCGUGAAACCCGCGAAAUAAUUUACAUGGAUG